UGCUCAUACAGAAAACUUCCGUCUUCGGUUAAAAAAAGAAAACACGUACACAAGAGUUUUCGAGCUUACAUCAAAAACGCAAAGAGCAGGGAUUGUCUGGGCUCUUCCUCUGCGAUAAUCAGCUGUGAAUGAAGAGUAUACUGCCUCUGUAGCACCUUCUCACCGAAAGUGGGCCUUCGGACGAGGAUGACAAUGGAAGAGAUGAAGAAUGAAGCAGAGACGACCUCGAUGGUUUCCAUGACACUCUACGCAGUCAUGUACCCUGUUUUCAAUGAGCUGGAGAGAGUGAACCUGUCUGCGGCACAGACACUGCGGGCAGCCUUCAUCAAGGCAGAAAAGGAGAACCCAGGCUUAACCCAGGACAUAAUUGUGAAGAUCCUGGAGAAGAAGAACGUAGAGGUGAACUUCACAGAAUCUCUGCUGCGCAUGGCUGCUGAUGAUGUGGAAGAGUACAUGAUUGACAGACCGGAGCAGGAGUUCCAGGACCUGAAUGAGAAAGCCCGCGCACUGAAACAGAUCCUGAGCAAAAUCCCAGACGAGAUCAACGACAGAGUGCGCUUCCUGCAGACCAUUAAAGACAUCGCCAGUGCCAUAAAGGAGCUGCUGGACACUGUCAACAACGUGUUUAAGAAAUAUCAAUAUCAGAACCGCAGGGCACUCGAACACCAAAAGAAGGAAUUUGUGAAAUACUCCAAAAGCUUCAGCGAUACCCUCAAAACGUACUUCAAAGAUGGAAAGGCAAUAAACGUCUUCAUCAGCGCCAAUAGACUGAUUCACCAAACCAACUUAAUACUGCAGACCUUCAAAACUGUUGCCUAGGAGCUUCUGUUGUUAGAGGUGUUUUUUUUUUUUUUUAUUUGGGGUAGGAUAACCUUUAUAUGUAUAAUGUAAAUUUUUUUUGACUGUAUAAUUUAUAAGUCUUGCUUCAUGGGGGACAACUUGAGGCAGGGCAUUUUGGAUGGCAUAAUUGCCCAGCUUUUCUAUUCAUUUUACUUUUAGCAUCUUAAUCAUGAUCUCACCACAAAAGGAUUCUAGCUUCACUUCUUUGCUGUAACUAUUGUUCUAUCAAAAAGAAAGCCAAAAGAUUUUUGCGCCUUAAAACGUGUCAUGUAACAUUCCUAAUAUGAAGUGUAAAUAUUGGUAUUCUGUUUCAGACAUUCUAACUUGAAUAAGAAAUGCAAGUUAUGUAUUUAACAGAUAUUUG